GCCGAUUGCGCUUAUAUGCAGAUAUACGCUGGCUGCUGCCGAGCAUACUGCUCUCUAUUAGGCCACCGCUAGUGCCACGUCGACCACCCAGAUCCCCCACACAUUUUACUGGUACUCCCCGGAUUGCUCGAUGUCGACACCAGAAAGUAGCUCAUCCGGUCCCCAAAAACAUUCGCAACCUUAUCUUGAAGCUUUGCUCAUUCCUGUGAAGAGCGAAAACUUGAUCUUAUUCUACGGAAAGGACAACGCCGCCCACUCCUCCAGCCGCCUCGACUUCUCGUCCGUUUCAGAUGAAGACUCUAAAUCCCUCUCCGACAUCUGCGACGCGACAACGUUUGGGGUCAACGAGGAGAACGUACUGGAUACAACCUACAGAAAAGCUGAGAAAUUCGAUUCCGCAUACUUUGCAACCAAGCCCGACCCUUUUAGCUAUGGCCUGAUGAGCAUUUUGCGAGAUGUGCUGCGAGAGGGGCAUGGAGCUGAACUUUACAAGCUCAAUAUCUACGGUCCUGGAUCAUUCUUCAAAGCACACAAGGAUACCCCUCGCGGCGACAACAUGUUUGCUUCCCUUGUUGUCAUCUACCCAACCGUCCAUUAGGGAGGCGCACUUGUCUUUCGCCACGGUGACCUCGAGUACACCUUCGACUCCGCCGCUG